AUGAUUUGUCAUGUUAUUGGUAUUAGACACUGGCCAGACCGCAAAGUUCGUGGUCUUAAGCACUCGCUCCAGGAGCUCGAGCAGCGCCAGCACCAAGCUCAAGACAGUCUAGGUCUCCCACUUUCAGAAAAGCAGCCGCGCCUUUUGCGCUAG